ACAUGAGAGUUGGUCAUCGUCGAGCAGACUAAAAGACUGCAAGCAGCGAACAAGAUUAUUUCUCUGAUUUUACAAAGACAAGGCAAAAGUGAGAGGACAGCAGAUUAGUUUGAAUUGCGGAAAACAGAGAACCUACGGUCAGCAAAUAAUUUUAGAUACAUCAUAUCAAAUACAUUCUUCAAGUGCAGAAGUUAAUCUGCAAAAUGCAAGCUGUUCGUCAGUGUUCAGUGUGUGCCAGCCGUGCUGCUGGAGGACUUUUGCGAAAUCAGACAGACAUUUCACUGCUGUGGACCAACAAGAGUGUGCUCAGGAGAGGAGCAGCCUGUGUUCGUUUCCUAAGCAGUUCCGAGAGUGUCCUACUAAGCAGCAGGAAGCCUGGAGUCAAGAAGUUGGGUGAAUGGAAAGAUACUGUGCACAUGAGUGUUGGCCGUGGGCUUUCUGCUAUCCAUAUUACAAAGCAAGUGGAAAACCUCUCUCAUGAGUCUCUGAUCAGAAGAGCAGCAUCAGUGGUUACAGACAGUUCAAGUACCUUCCUCUCCCAGACCACCUUGGCUCUCAUAGAUGCCCUUACAGACUAUUCAAAGGCUGUGCACACACGUAUUGCUAUCCAAAGACGGUAUUUAGCCUCAUUGAGAAAACUGACCCCAGCAGAGGAGGAUUCAUUCCUGGAGGUGAUCAAUGGCCAGCGUGCAGAGGUUAGUGACAGACUUGCUGAAUGCAAACGCUUUGAGUCAACCUGGAUCAAUGCUGUCAACUUGUGUAAAAUUGCAGCUGAGGCAGCACACACUUCAGGAGCCGAGCAGGCGUCCAUCGCAGUGAGGACAAACAUUCAGGUGGCCCAGUCGCAGGUGGAGGAGGCACGGAAACUGUCAAUGGAUGCUGAUAAGAAGUUGGCCGAGACUAAAGUAGAAGAAAUCCAAAGGAUGGCAGAAUAUGCUGCCUUCCGAAGUGAUAGUGAGGAGCAUGAGGUGCAUGAGGCUUAUCUAAGAGAGGACUAAGACAAAUAGACAGAUGGCUGUCUAUGUUUCUAAUAGCUGUCUAUUUCCCUUCCCUCACUUCCCUUUUUAACCUGUAAGGUGUUUACAUGUUUGCAUUUACACAAAGAAAAUCUAAAUUUGAAAAGGGAUUGAAACACAUUGCUAACAAUUUGUAAUUCUUUACUAUUGCAUAAAUCAUUAUUUAAGACUAUUUAUUUGAUUAGUGAAUGUCAACUGCUUGAAGAGCUUAUGGAAAAUGAUAAACGAAUCUCCACUAUUGUAUGUCAGUGGGGCUUAUCUAACAUCGGAUCACAGUGUUUAUUAUAUGUUUUGUUGUAACAAAGAUUUUUUUUUAUAAAACUAUUGUUUGCAUCAUUGUUUUUUCACUGUCUCAUAAUAGAAAACAAUAAAAUGAAUCUGAGUAUUUGAUUUAA